AUGCACCUGGCCUGCCUUCCAGCGGUGGUGCCCACACCAUGGCUUGCCCCCCCCCCCCGCAUCCCUGACUUUCACCUGCCCUGUGGCUCAGGCUACAUCACCCAGAAGCGCAGCAGCAUAGUCGCCAUCGGCCUCACCAUCCACAACACGCCUGUGGAGGUGCGCGAGAAGCUGGCUGUGCCGGAGGCGGAGUGGCCCCGCGCCAUCGAGGAGCUCUGCUCCUUCCCCCACAUCGAGGAGGCCGGAGUGCUGUCCACCUGCAAUCGGAUGGAGGUGUACGUGGUGGCACUCUCGUGGCACCGGGGGGUGCGAGAGGUUGAGGAGUGGAUGUCACGCGCCAGCGGGAUUCCAAUCGAAGAGCUGCGCCCUUCGCUGUUUCUGCUGAGGGACAGGGACGCCACAAACCACCUGCUGAACGUGGCGGGGGGGCUGGAUUCCCUGGUGCUGGGAGAGGGGCAGAUUUUGGCGCAGGUGAAGCAGGUGUACAAGGUGGGGCAGAACUGCAAGGGGUUCGGGCGGCACCUGAAGGGGCUGUUCAUGGCGGCGAUCACGGCGGGCAAGCGGGUACGCAGUGAGACAACCAUCUGCUCGGGGGCUGUGUCAGUGAGCUCAGCUGCAGCAGAGCUUGCACAGCUCAAGCUGCCCACGCACAGCUUCGACGAUGCGAACGUGUGCAUCAUCGGGGCGGGCAAGAUGGCUGCCUUGUUGGUGAAGCACCUGUUCUCGAAGGGCUGCAAGAGGAUGACGAUCCUCAACAGGAGCCUGCCUCGGGCAGAGGCACUCGCUGAGGAGUUCGCUGAUGUCGAAUUCGACAUCCGCCUGAUGGACGAUUUGAUGAGCUGCGUGGAGAAGUCGGACGUGAUCUUCGCUGCCUCCUCCUCUCAGGAGAUCCUGAUCCAUUCAGCGGACGUUGCAAACAUGCCAGCCCGAGACGCCGUGGUCGGGGGCGUGCGGCGGUUCGUGGACAUCUCUGUGCCGCGGAACAUCGAGAUCGAGGGCCAAGAAGGUGCACACGUAUUCAACGUGGACGACCUGGUCGAGGUGGUGGCGGCCAACAAGGAAGAGCGGCGAAAGGCGGCUGAAGGGGCCCAGGUGCUCCUGAAGGAGGAGCAGGAGGCCUUCGAGGCAUGGCGGGACUCCCUGGAAACGGUGCCCACCAUCAAGGCGCUCCGUGGAAAGGCGGAGGCCAUACGCUCGGGCGAGGUGGAGAAGGCGCUCAAGAAGCUGGGGGGCGACGACAUGACAAAGAAGGAGAAGAAAGCUCUUGAAGACUUGAGCCGAGGCAUCGUGAACAAGCUACUGCAUGGGCCCAUGACUGCGCUCCGGUGCGACGGGACCGACCCCAAGGCCGUUGGCGUCACUCUGGCGAACAUGGAAGCGCUUGAAAGGAUGUUUGGAUUGUUGACCAGUGACAUUCCGGAAGCUUCGUCCAGGUGA